AUGUCUGAUACUCUUGAUCGAAUCACCGAGUCGGUAAAAAGAUGCCGAAUAAUUGAAUAUCCUGAUCAGCUUGGUAAACGAACAAUUGCGACAAAUUUUGAAGAACUUGAAGGAAAGAAAGUCUCCGAUAGACGUAAUAAUCUACAAGAUCCCAAUAGAUCAGACUCUUUCAAUGAGGCUUUCGAAGACACGGGUCGCGAUCAGUACCCUAUCAUAGCAGACGUGCUUUCUCCUCAAGUAGAGGUAGCGAGUAAACCUUCAAGGUAUAUGUCCCAAAAUAACAAAAAUCGUGAACAAAUAUAUUGGAAUCGGAGUGUUAAGAGAGUCAAAGCCAGGAAAAUGGAAGGUGUCAAUGAUUUGUCUUCAAAAAACUAA